AUGCAUGUUUGGUCCUUUGAAAUAGGUCUUUUGGAGCAUUCUGGAGCAUAUGGGACAAAGGAGCAUGGAGGGACUUGGCACAUGGAAGCAGCUCAACUGGAUACGCAAAGGAAGAAGGGAGAAGCCAUCUUGAAGACCAGCUCGACCGUCCACUCGACCAACCGGUCGAGUUCCUCAACUCGACCGGCCAAGCUUCAACUCGAUCGAGCUGAGAAGUCAAAGUCAAACCCGAAAAAUGUUGCUUCCCCCUUGACUUUCCUUUGA